AAAAAUCGCCUGGUCUGUGGAGCUCUGCUGGGCUUGGUGCCUUGCUCUUUAACUGAGACUGGAGACAGACGGAAACAGCCACAGGGCAGACUGAGGUGGCCGAGAUGUUCAGUCAGGGCCCCAGGACCCCAGCUUCAGGCUGCUACUAUCUAAAUUCCAUGACACCUGAGGGCCAGGAGAUGUACUUGCGAUUUGAUCAGACUGCGAGACGCUCUCCUUACAGGAUGAGCCGGAUUCUAGCACGCCAUCAGCUAGUGACUAAAAUUCAACAAGAAAUUGAGGCGAAGGAAGCAUGUGACUGGCUCCGUGCUGCUGGGUUCCCACAAUACGCUCAGUUGUAUGAGGAUUCUCAAUUUCCCAUCAACAUUGUGGCUGUCAAGAAUGAUCAUGAUUUUCUUGAAAAGGACCUUGUAGAACCUCUUUACAGACGACUAAAUACAUUGAACAAGUGUGCCUCAAUGAAACUUGAUGUGAACUUCCAAAGGAAAAAGGGUGACGACUCAGAUGAGGAAGAUCUCUGCAUCAGCAACAAAUGGACUUUCCAAAGAACCAGCCGCCGGUGGUCUCGCGUGGACGACCUGCACACACUGUUCCCCGGAGGAGACAGACAUGGGUCAUCGGGAGACAUUAGGAUGAGAAACACCACGAGCAGUGAAAGCGUCCUCACCGACCUGAGCGAGCCCGAGGUCUGCUCCAUUCACAGUGAAAGCAGCGGAGGGAGUGACGGCCGCAGCCGGCCAGGCAGUGGCCACAGCACCGGCCGGGCGCCCUUUGACUGCCCCGGCCAGCCCUGCCCCGACAGCCCGGUCAUGCUGGACGCCACAUUCGUCAGCGGCAGCCUCCCGCAGUCCCCCAGAGACGCUGUCAGCUACCCAAAGAAUGAGAAACACACCAGGGCCAGAGCCAAGUCAUUUUUGAAGCGCAUGGAGACUCUCAGAGGGAAGGGGGCACACGGAAGGCCCAAGGGGCCGGGGCGGACCGGGGGCUUGGUGAUCAGCGGGCCUGUGCUGCAGCAGGAGCCGGAGGCCUUCAAGGCCAUGCAGUGCGUCCCCAUAACGAACGGAGAUCUCCGGAGCUCGCCCCCCACUGCCUGCCCCAAAGGGCUCCUGAGCACCAGCAAAUGGAGCGGGGCGAGCAGCCAGUCGGAAAAGAGCAGCAGUGGCGUGAGCAUGCCCGGCCUGAAGGAACGAAAAUGCCAGGAGGCCAACAAGCGCGGGGGCAUGUACUUGGAAGACCUGGACGUGCUGGCCGGGACAGCACUGCGGGAUGCCGGCGACCGAAACCACACACACGAGUUCCAUUCCCAGGAGAACUUGGUGGUGCACAUCCCCAAGGAUCACAAACCGGGAACGUUCCCCAAGGCACUCUCUAUCGAAAGCCUCUCACCAACAGACAGUAGCAAUGGGGUUAACUGGAGGACCGGCAGCAUCUCCCUGGGCAGACAGCAGGGCCCCGGGGCCAGGGAGCCCAGGCUCAUGGCAUCCUGCCACAGAGCAAGCAGAGUCAGUAUCUACGACAACGUCCCGGGCUCCCAUUUGUACGCCAGCACAGGAGACCUUUUGGACUUGGAGAAAGAUGACCUCUUCCCCCAUUUAGAUGACAUUUUGCACCAUGUCAAUGGGCUCCAAGAGGUAGUGGAUGACUGGUCAAAAAAUGUCUUGCCUGAACUGCAAACACAUGAUGCAUUGGUUGGAGAACCCGGCUUAUGCCCCUUCCCAUCUCCUAAUCAGAUCACCUUAGACUUCGAAGGCAACUCUGUCUCGGAAGGUCGGACAACACCCAGUGAUGUGGAAAGAGAUGGAACAUCUCUUAAUGAGUCGGAGGCCACUGGGGUCCGAGAGAGGAGGGACUCUGGUGUAGGGGCCUCUCUGACCAGGCCAAACAGGCGACUCCGAUGGAACAGUUUCCAGCUCUCGCACCAGCCUCAGGCGUCCACCGCGCCGCACAUCAGCAACCAGACGGCCGGCCAGCUGAACCUGCUCCAGCGCUUCUCACUGCUUCGCCUCACGGCCAUCAUGGAGAAGUACUCCAUGUCCAAUAAACACGGCUGGACGUGGUCAGUUCCAAAGUUCAUGAAGAGGAUGAAAGUUCCUGAUUACAAAGACAAGACUGUCUUUGGUGUUCCUCUCAUAGUUCACGUCCAGAGAACGGGACAGCCCCUGCCUCAGAGUAUUCAGCAAGCACUCAGAUACCUGCGUAGCAACUGCCUCGAUCAGGUGGGUCUUUUUCGAAAAUCGGGCGUGAAAUCUCGAAUCCAUGCGUUACGUCAGAUGAACGAGAACUUCCCCGAGAAUGUCAGCUAUGAGGACCAGUCUGCGUAUGACGUGGCGGAUAUGGUCAAACAGUUCUUCCGGGACCUCCCGGAGCCUCUUUUCACCAACAAGCUCAGCGAGACCUUCCUCCACAUCUAUCAGUAUGUCCCCAAGGAGCAGCGGCUGCAGGCAGUGCAGGCUGCCAUCCUACUUCUGGCCGAUGAGAGCAGGGAGGUCUUGCAGACGCUGCUGUGCUUUCUCAAUGACGUGGUCAACUUGGUGGAGGAGAACCAGAUGACACCCAUGAAUCUUGCCGUGUGUCUGGCCCCCUCCCUCUUCCAUCUUAAUUUGCUGAAGAAGGAAAGCUCCCCCAGAGUCAUACAGAAGAAAUACGCCACCGGGAAGCCAGAUCAAAAGGACCUCAGUGAGAACCUGGCCGCCGCGCAGGGGCUUGCCCACAUGAUCACAGAAUGCGACAGACUGUUUGAGGUCCCGCAUGAGUUGGUAGCCCAGUCCCACAACUCAUACAUGGAGGCUGAGAUCCACGCUCCAACUCUGGAAGACCUGGGGACCCAGCUGGAGGAGAGCAGGGCAACUUUCCAUAUGUACCUGGAACAUCUUGUCCAGGGCCUCCAAAAAGAAGCCAAGGAGAAGUUCAAAGGUUGGGUCACGUGCUCCAGCACAGACAACACAGAUCUUGCUUUCAAAAAGGUGGGAGACGGGCACCCGCUGAAGCUGUGGAAGGCCUCUGUGGAGGUAGAAGCACCCCCCUCCGUGGUUUUGAACCGUGUGCUGAGAGAGCGCCACCUGUGGGAUGAGGAUUUUGUGCAGUGGAAGGUUGUGGAAACCCUGGACAAGCAAACAGAAAUCUAUCAGUAUGUGUUGAACAGCAUGGCCCCCCACCCUUCCCGAGACUUCGUGGUUCUCAGGACCUGGAAGACUGAUUUGCCCAAAGGCAUGUGUACCCUGGUGUCCCUCUCUGUGGAGCACGAGGAAGCCCAGCUCAUGGGCGGUGUGCGGGCCGUGGUGAUGGAUUCUCAGUACUUGAUAGAACCGUGCGGCUCUGGCAAAUCGAGACUGACCCACAUCUGCAGGAUAGACCUGAAAGGUCACUCCCCAGAGUGGUACAAUAAGGGCUUCGGACAUCUGUGUGCAGCGGAAGUUGCCAGGAUUAGAAACUCUUUUCAGCCCCUCAUUGCUGAGGGUCCAGAAACUAAAAUCUGAGUUUUCCCCAGUGUGACAUCAAACUCAGGGAAGAGGAAGUGAACGGAAACACUUGCGGGAGAGAGUGUGCUUGUGAGAAAGCAAGAGAGAGAGAGAGAAAGAGAGACUGAGUGACAUGGUUAAUGCUUUUAAAAAUGGAAACACUGAGGAGUCAGAAUGUUGAAGAUGCAAGAAUUUCUGAGAACUUUCCUAGCCCUCCUGGAGAUGGCUACAUCCCUACUAAUAUAAUAUUUUUAAAAAUCAGAACAUUUAUCUAUGUUACUUAAAAUUAAAUGGAUUAUUCCUUGUGCAUUGCCUAAUUUGCUAUUUAAAGGCUUCUAAGAAGCGUAUUCUUAACUGUAAAUAAAUGUAUGUAUAGCAUAUGUACAUAUGUGUGUAUAUCUCUAUCUUUAUUGUAUAUAUGUACAAUACCAAUUUUAUAUAUAUUUGCGUCUUUUGAAAAGGAACGCGUCUGACUCAGUGAGUCCCUUCCUCACUCACGUGGUUCUUUCCAAGUUCCUCUGGGCCCAUCCCCCCACUGUCCUGUAAGCGGAGCAGAAUCUGCUGCUAACACCAAGGUGUGAAAAUGUGUAGUCUGUCAGUCUGCCCUGAUGUUUAACCAAAGAUUAGCAAACCAAAGGAAAACAACAUUCAAAGGUUCUUAUGUGUUGUCAGUUUGUGUUAUUCAAAAACGGAGCAUGGAGUGUUGGAUAAAGCCAGGAAAAGAAUACUUACUCCUCUUAAAAGCACAGAAGCGGGGAAGAAGUUGUGACCAAAGGGAAGGCUGGGGGACCAGUUGCCCAUGGACCCAGCCAGAUGCAGCUUCAGGGACAUGUCAGAUGCCCACGGGCCACUGGAGUCAGCACAAGCUGACUGAAAGAAACUUUAUUUCCCUGCUGGUUAGAGCCAAAUAGCGUAGCCUUUGCAUAUUCACAGCCAAAGGGAGCCUCUGUGUUUUAUCAGGUUUUCAUAGAUACAUUUCACCAUGUUCUUAAAUGUCACUCUAUAUGACCAGUGCCCUGUUUGGUCACAGUUAAUUGGCAUUUUCUUACCAAUAUAUUGCACUGAAUUGAACUCUGGAAGCCAGGCAAGGGGAGGCGAUGUCAUUCGAGAGUCCUGGACCAUCACAGUUUCAGGGAAUUCUUAUUUUGCUCUAUACGAUGCUCUUCAUUCAAGUUUUGCAAUUUGAAAGACAGGGUUUUAAACUAACAGUAAGACCAAAACUAUGCUCUGCAAUUAG